GAAGGGGAGGAUGAGGAGGGAAGAGAUUCUGAGAAAGGGGCCCUGAGCAAUCCCGAGGAGAAUUCGGAGCUUUCCCAGCCGAGGCCGAAGCUCCCGAGGAAAUCCCAGGAGCGGCAGAAGAGGCGGCACCGGGACCGCAUGGUCGAGAGGAUCCAGUUCGUUUGCUCUCUCUGCAAGUUCCGGACGUUCUUUGAGGACGAGAUCCGGCAGCACCUGGAGAGCAAAUUCCACCAGGAGCAUUUCCGGUUCGUGGGGGCGCGGCUGCCGGCCCGGACAGCCCAGUUCCUGCAGGAGUACGUGGCCAACAAGACGCGGAAGACGGAGGAGCGGCGCCGCGGGAUCCGGGACAUCAACGCCGUCAUCCAGCAGAUCCACAGGGAGCAGGACCUCACCCAGGAUCUGGGCCUGGAGCACUUUGUGCGCAGGGUGGAGGCCGCUCACUGCUCUGCCUGCGACCUCCUGCUGCCCAUGCACUGGGGAUCCAUCCAGAGACACCUGAGAGCGCCCGAGCACGGCCACAACCGCAGGGCCAUGCUGGAGCAAUCCAAGCGAGCGUCGCUGGCGGUGGCGCGGAGCAUCCUCAACAACAAACUGAUCAGCAGCAAACUGCAGAGCUUCCUGCAGGGGGAAAAUCCAUUCACGGACGAUGCUGAGGAAAAGGAGGAGCAGGAGGAAGGAGCAGGAGAGGAAAAUCCAACAGAGAAUCCCCAAAAUCCUGAGGAAAAUCCCCAAAAUCCUGAAAAUCCCACAGAAAAACAUCAAAAUCCUGAAAAUUCAACGAAAAAUCCCCAAAAUCCUGAAGAAAAUCCUGAAAAGUCGACGAAAAACCCCCAAAAUCCUGAGGAAAAUCCGGAAAACUCCACAGAAAAUCCCCAAAAUCCUGAGGAAAAUUCCACGGAAAAUCCGGAGGAAAAUCUGGAAAAUUCCACGGAAAAUCCCCAAAAUUUUGAGGAUUCUGAGGAAAAUCUGGAAGAAUUGGAAGAAAAUCUGGAAAAUUCUGAGAAAAAUCCAGAAAAUUCUGAGGAAAAUUCCAAGGAAAACGAAAAUUCCGAGGAAAUUUCAGCAGCCAAAAAGCAGCAAAAGGGACCAGGGACAAACCCAGAGGGGGAAAAUUCCCAAAAUUCCCAAAUUUCCCAAAUUUCCCAAAAUUCUGAGGAGGUCCCGGAAAGUUCUGGAAGGUUCCAGGAGUGAAUCCUGCAGGGAAAAGGACCCGGAACGGCCCCAAAUCCUGGAAAUUCUGGGGAUUCCUGGAAAAAAAUGGGAAUUUUCUUGGGUUUUUGGGAAUUUCUUGGGAUAAAAUGGGAAUUUCCUUGGGUUUUUUGGGAA